AUGUCUGGCAAAAGAAAGAAUCCUUCUCAUCCAUCCGCAUCAACGCAUACUAUAUCGAGUGACAUACAAUGGAUUUUCGAACACAAGGAUUCCUUGACAUUCAAGACAUAUGCUGAGCAUUUUGGCGUUUUGCACAAGCAGGCGUGCUUAGAUCAGAAACUAAACCAUCGACAAGCAGACGAAAGUGGCUUUAAGAGCUUUUGGCUGGGAACGCACACGCAGAAAAGAAACCGUACUCGAUCAUUGGCUCGUAUCAUUAAUAAUGUGGACAACAAACAGCUUGCCAAAGACGAUGCGGAGAUUCAGCUUUUGAUACUCGGGAAAAUCAUAUCUGAUGGAAAUGACGGCAUCCGCCCUGACGCCGCCACAAUCUCCAAGCUGCAGCAGCAUGACUUUGGAUUCCAGUCUCGGAUAGGGAGAGGUCAACACUGCACGCCCCCCCCACCAUCGAUAACCAUGCGCUAUGCCACGAUCUUUUGCGAGCAAGUAUUCUGCGUUUUUGGGUCUCUCCUAAAAACAAUUUCAGUAGACCAACGGUCCACACUUUCGUGCUGCCGUAGUGAGGCAACUGACAAGUCUUGUACAGGCGAACCAUGCCCUUCUCCACACCCUAUCACCCCCGAAUGCAAUGGAAUGGUAGAACGAUUGAAUGGGAACAAUAGUCAAAUCCUUAAAGAAAUUGGCCAAGAAACAAGCCGCAUUCUUGGGAUGAAUGCCUCCGUACUAUUCUCUAUUGUUAUCGAGUUAAACUUCAACCUGUUGACCAAAAUCGGGUGUUGCGAUUUGCAGCGAAUCAAAAAACUUUUUGCACUUGAAAAACAGGUUUUGAGUGAAUCAAGUCUUUCUUUGCAGACCAAAUCUAAUUUCAAAUAA